AUUGUUGUUUACAACGGUCGCUUUUUUCACAACCGCUACGGCACAACACCUCCAUGAUAUCUUCAUAGGAAGACCCGGCUGAGCUUUAUCAGCUCGGGUACGUCGCUCCCUUGCAAUCCGAACACCAUGCCCCGGCUCGUGCGUCGUCAGCCGCUCGCGGAGCGCGUCAAGGCCUACCUGAACCCGUUGGACUUCCUUCUCUGGCUGUCGGAGGAGAUCGACUCUAGUGAUUGGGAGCAGUGGGAGAAGGAAUGGGCUCUGCCAAUUGGGGCCGGGCUUAAUUUCAUAUUCCUGGUCGCUCGCGCCAAUAGUGCUCGAAAGAGCAGAGCAGAAGAUGACAUAUUCGGAGAUGAUGGUGGAGUUUCAUGGUUGACCUGGGUUGCUUCAUUUAUUGUGCAUUUUCUGGCGCUUAUAUCCGCAGUUAAUGCGUUCUACACUUUCUGGCGCAAACGUCGUUACCGCAUGUUCGAAGCGUCCAUCGACAAGGUCCCAUCCACGCCCUCCGCCCACCGUGUUCGAGUCGACUCAUCUCCCGCCUCUCCUACUCCGUUACGCUUCCUGUCGAAUGUACUCUCUGCAGGUAGCGCGGAAUCGAGGGCGCAUCCGGAUCCCCAGCGCGAUGUCUGGGAGAUCGCAGUUUGGGACCCUUCGCCGCUGGCACUCCGACUAUUCUGCCUGUUCAGUCCAGGCCAUGUGCUUAUCUACUGGCUCUUCCUACCAACUCUGCCUUCAGACCCCCGGCCGAGCGUUACGAUAGUUACGACGAUAUUCUUGGUGAUCCUGCUGUCUAUUCAGAUGUCCCUGCUUUCGGGAUUCUUCUCUCAGCAAGCGAAGGACUCCGCGCUCGUUCACAAGGAAGUGUUGAACGAAUAUGAUGCCAAAUUUGUGCAUCCUCGGAUCCAACCACUCAUGAGGGAUGUGGGCACUCAAUUUUCUGGACAUCCCGCCGAUUCAGGUUCCGAUGACAAGUACAACAAAGUCGACGUCUUCACCCCGACACAUGUCAUUCGCCGUGGCUUUACAACAAGCCCUAAUCCGAAUUAUGUCCGGCAUGUUGAUCCAGAGGGCAUUUCUAGAACCCCCGCACGACGACAGUCGCCUGCUACGCCGAGCGUUUCGUCUUCGGUAUCCCUUCAGCACUCAUCGCUACAGACGCCUAGCCAUCUACGGGACGCCUCACCUUUCAAGUCUGCAAGUAUAAUUCGACAGCCUCAAUUCAGACCGUCAACAGGCUCCGGUGAUGGUGGUAGCUUAGGCGUGUAUUCUCAUGCCAAUUCCCCACUAAGAAAGCCCAGCUCGACAUAUCUCGACCGUCGAAGUCAACCAAGUGGUAUUGACCCCACAGGCCUAAGCCCCGUGAAAAGACAGUCUAGUCCUCUUAAGAGAAGUAGCGUUCCUGCAGGGGUGAGCACGGCUGCAGCCGUGCAGAGAUGGGGCCAUCUGUCGUCGAAUCCCGAUAGUCCUCGCCGCGAGAGCGGAAGGUUCUGAUGCAUCCGUCGCCUGCAUUAUAUCAUAUCAACUAUAAUCUACCGGGCAGUCAGACAAAGUUCGACCUUGCCACGAACAUUGUCGGUUGUGGUGAUUGCGGUUAGAUCAAUUUAAUACAGUGCAAUUGUAUAAAACAACGACAUUCAUAUGCACUUCCGGUCAUAGUCAAUUUGUUCUCGAUCUCCCUGUCGCUGAAGAUCAGCGAUGGACAAAGAGAUCACUAGGAUAGGAAGCUUUCUCUUCGAGACUUUGUAUUAUCUCAAUUGACCACUCCGGAACUACCUCGUGCCAUACUCUCACACAAUGAUCUCAACUGCUCUUGCCUGGUCCAAUAAAGC